CCGCCGAACCCCAUGCACCCUCUCCCCCCACUCCCCUCGCCGCCGCCGCCGCCGACGCCGCCGCCGUCGCCGUCGAAUCGAAACCACCGCCAUCCCGCAUCCCGCGUCGGAGCAGCGCGGGGUGGGCCCAGAUCUGACCCAGCCACACCCAUCCCUGUGUCGCCGCGCGUCUCCGUCAUGCGGCGGGGAGGCGGCGGCGGCGGCGGAGGAGGAGGAGGAGGAGGAGGAGGAGGAGGUGGUCGUGGAGGUAGGGGAGGCCACGCCCGCCGGGACGCGCGGCCGCGUGAUGACAGGGGCAGGGACGGCCCCCGUGACGAUAGGGUUAGGCACGGCGACCGCCGCCCCCACGACUACCGCCCCCGCCGCACCCCGUCGCCGGGCCGCGACCACCGCAUCCGCCGCACCCCGUCGCCGUAUCGUGACCGCCGCCGCAUCCCGGACUACCACCCGCGCCGCACCCCGUCGCCGCACCGCGACCGUGACCGUGACCGCCACGCGGCGGGACGCCCGAGGGGCCGAGGCGACGACGACCGGGACCGCGACCCGCCCCGCGGGAGGUCGCCGCCGCCGUAUCGCGGCGAUGAUCGCGGGAGGUAUGACGGGCCGCCAGACUACAUGCUCCCUGACCACCCGUCAUCCCUGCGUCCUGCGAGGAAGGACGGUGAGUUCUUCGGGGAACCCGGCAUGACACUCCGGGUUUGUUCGACGGAGAUGGGAAGGACCAGCUCGCUGUAUCUGGACAGGAGGUCGCCGCCGCUGCCACCACGGCCGCCACCUCCACCAGUGCGAGUGGCGUCGCCACCGCUGUACACCUUAGUGCCACCUGCAGAGACUGGAUUCCUGACAGGGGGAUCCGCGAUGAAGGCCGGCGAGAACUUUGGCACGGGAAGUAGCAGGUCGCUGCUUGACGGCGGUGGCGAGUUUCAGUACCGUGACCGUUUGGAUGACCCGUAUGUUGAGAGGAGUAGAGAAAGAGAGAUCGACAGGCUCUAUGCUGGUAGAAGCCUGCAUCUGGAAAGGGAUGGAGAAAUGGAUAGGCUUUACCCUAGCAAGGGUGUACUUGGUGCUGACCUUGCGCCAUCUGCAUAUGCUGGUUCUUCCUCAUCUUUGCUUGCCAAGGAGCGGCCUUACAGACUGCAUGAUGGAACUAGUUAUGAGCCAACCAAUGGAUACGCCAUGGAGGAACUUGGCAGGCUUUCUCAUGACACCCUGGGACAUGUAAGUGGCCAUGCUCACAGAUUCUCAGGAAGUCCAUUAGAGCAUGGCAGUGGUCGUGAUGGCAAGAUAUUGUUGGACAUUACAAGACAGAAACACUCGAAUCAUUCUCCAAGAGAUGCGUCCAUGGAAUAUGUAAGAAGGGAUCCGGUAAAUGCAUAUCUUCCACCAGAGAACUUACAUGGAAAUGGCCCACAGGUUUCAAGUCCUAGUGUCAGGCGCAUGUUUGGCUCAUCAUCUUUGACUGGCCGCAAGGAUGAAAGGAUUGACCACCAAGUGAGGCUGCCACUUAGGAUGGCAGAAGAUGAGGAUACCUUCCAAGGCAUGCAUGAUGGGAUGGAGCGUGAUGUGCAGCACUCUUACCGUGGAGAUGCACUAACACGUCAUCGCAGGACAAGGAAUUCUGAUGUGCGCUACUCACGUUCUCCUGAAUCUGAGCGUAUUAAACUUGGAAGACACCCAGUUCAACAUGGGUAUUCUUCAUUUGAUGAUACCCAUGAGUUUAGUGACCAAGAAGUUUCUCCUGUGGUUUCUAGAGGAAGACCCCGGAAGGCUAUGUAUCGUGAUCAUGUGACAGAACACUACCAAACUGAUGAUAGCCCUCUAGGACGGGAGUAUUAUGAUGAUGAUGUGGAUUCAUAUGACCUAUCACCUCAGAGAAUGGCAGAGCCUUAUGAUAUGGUUGAUGACCAAGACAAAUAUGAUGCAAGAUAUGAUUUACCAAACAAUCGUAAUGUUUUCUCAAGGAUUACUUUGCGAGAUGACAACAAUGAUGGGUGGGCUGAUGAAGAUCAGGAAAACAAUCAUCAAUCGAACUCAAUAACCUAUGGGCAUUCACAAAACAAGCCUAUAUCUCAGAGGCUGUCCAGACCCACUGGCCACUCACAAUUUGGGGGAUUUCCCAUGCAUGGAAGAGGAAGAGGAAAAAGUGCAAAAAAGAGAUUAAGAUCUGCUCUUCCUCAAUUCCAUGUUGGAUCUACACAAGGGGGAGAUGGAUUUGUUAGGCCAAAUAAACGUUUCAAGCUGACAGAAGUUAAUCAUGAUGACCCUGAAAUGAGCCAUGAGGAUGCCCCAGAGGACGAGGACAUUUCUAUGCAGAAAGAUCCUCCUGAAGGCUCAGAAGAAUUCACUAAGCAAGUUCACCAGGCCUUUCUUAAGUACACAAAGCUAUUAAAUGAGAGCCCGACCGUGCAGAAGAGAUAUCGUGAGGCAGCAAAAGGAUCUUUGUCUUGCUGUGUAUGUGGCAGUGUCCCAAGGAAGUUUCCGGACAUCGAUGCCUUGAUAUCACAUGCUUAUGAUACAUGCAAAAUGGGUUUGAAGACAAAACAUUUGGGGUUUCACAAGGCACUCUGUGUUAUGAUGGGAUGGAAUUGGCAUGUUGCUCCUGACACUACCAAAACCUAUCAUUCCAUGCCAGAUGAGGAAGUAAAUGCCAUGAAGGAUGAUCUCAUGUUGUGGCCACCAGUUGUCAUAAUACAUAACAGCUCCAUUGCAACCAAGGCAAAGGCUACCGAUGCAAAGAUUGUGUCGAAAGAAGAAAUUGAAGGUGUGCUGACAGAAAUUGGGGUUGCAUGUGACAAGGCAAAGAUUAGCCAUGGCAGACCAGCCAAUCAGAGCGUGUUCCUAGUGAAGUUUCUUCCAACGAUAUCUGGAUUUCAGGAGGCGAUGAGAAUCCACGAGCAUUUCACCGUCAAAAGCCACGGGAAGGAAGAGUUCCAGCAUAUCAAAGGUGGCAAAGGUAAGAAGGAUGCUCCUGUUGAUGAACUCGAGGAGUUGCUAUAUGCGCAUAUUGCAGUCGCCGAAGACUUGGGCUACCUGGAUGAGGAAACAAAGAAGAGAUGCCUGGUCAGGAGCAAGAAUGACAUUGAGGCUAAAGCAGAUGCUACACUGAACUUGGAUUCGUGAAGUAACAGCAACAAAUUAAUCUAGGCUAGGUUUACUGCGGCUAGUUGAACAGAUCAAGUUAUCCUACUUUUUGCUUAAAUUGUAUCGCUGCUCGACCACGUGGCUGCAACCUUGGAAUCCAUUAUACUGCUACGGUUGAACCUUAAUGCAAUUUAUCCAAGCCCUUGAGCUUUUAUAUUCUA